AUGAAUAUGGAUGGAUUUAAAGCCUCUCAAAUGAAGGCAAUCGAUACAAUGUCGAGUAUUAAAAAAACUCAAAGUUCAACAUCCUCAUCUUCAUCCUCGACAUCAAAUGCAUUUAGAUAUCAACCUAAAACAUCCUCUUCUUCAACCGCUUCAAAUUAUUCAGCAAAAUCAUCAAUUUAUACAUCACAUUCUUUAAAACCACAAAAAGAAAAGCAAAGCACCAGAGUUAUUUUCGAUAUUUUAAGCUAUUUGAAAACAUUAGAGGGUAUGCCAGCAGACACUAAAGAGAUUAUGAAUAAUACCAACCAUUCAAUUGAGGAUAGGCCAGAUAUUUUAGAAUUGUUAAGAAAUAAUCCCAAGGUUAUAGACCAUGGCGACGAUAAAUUUUCAUAUAAACCAUUAUUUAAUGUAAAAAAUAUUAAAGAGAUUUUAGAGCUUGUAAAUAAACAUCCAGGAGGCAUUUUGGCAUCAGAUAUAGCAGAGUCAUAUAACCAAGCAGAAGCAGAUGUUAAAAAGUUAAAAGAAACCAAACAGGUCUAUGCAAUUAAAUCGAGCGACAACACUCACAUAGAUAUGUUAUUCCCAAAUGAUGAAAAGUAUAGAGUACCAGUUUCGCAAGAAUUAAUCGACAUGUGGAAAUCAAUUAAGGUGCCAACUGAAGCAGAUUUAGAGAAAGAAAUGAAAGAUGCAGGUCUAUCUGUUGUAGAGUCUGCUGAAACUAUUAAAGUUAUCUCUAGAGAAAAGAAGAAAGAAAGAAAGAAGAGAAUUACAAAGGUUACCAAUACUCACAUUGAAAACUUUAAUCCAAACGAUGAUGUCCCUCAACUUGGAAGUAAACCGUUAAACUAA